AUGAAGGAUCAGAAGAACUGGUUGAACUUGUACAUUUACGAAGAGCCUCACUUUGGAAAUUAUACCUCCAAACUUGCCAAAUUUAAUACCAUACCAAACUCUUGUAUCCCAAGACCCUGGAGAAGAGAAUACUUGAGAGAAGAACAUCAUCUAACGAUUAACAGCCCAAUAAGCGUACCACCUAGUAUCAAAGAGGUUUCCAAAGAAAGAUCUGAAUUUAUAUACGACCUCAAACGUAUUUAUGAGAUUUAUAACAAUUCCAAAAGCCCGGAAGAACAAGCCUACAUUAGAGCUGCAAUUAAAAAUGUCGUAAUACAACUCACCAGACACACACUUGAGGACCUCAAUUGUCCAACAAUAGCGAAAACCGUUAAAGAUAAACCAAAGAAAACCAAGCGUAAACUAAAUGAAUUAGAGCACUGCCUUGAAGAAGAAGAAGCAGAAGAAGAAAAGACUGUAAAAAAAGUUGGAACAAAAAAACCACAAAAAAAAAUUAAUUUACUCAAAAAAAAAUUGGGUCUGUUUUCUAGAAAACAAUUGUACUCGACACAAGAGCAAGACGCCUUGAAAGACAUCUCUCUGCUCGGUUCGCCAAUCGAUCGAUCGACAUUCGACAAUCUUACCAUUUUGCCCAGACACAUAUCCGACAUAUUCUCUCCUGAAUCAGACGGUAAUUGUGGAUACCGAGCUGUAGCCAUGGAGGUUUACCAGGACCAGGAAAAGUGGCCAAUAGUAAAAGACGAGAUGCUAAAGACAUUUUUAAAGUAUCGGGGCACAUACUACGAGGGAAGGAUGGAUAAUGGCAAUAGGCUUACGUCGAUGGACUCACUCAUCAUUAGUCUCCAAGACAAAAGCUCGCCUCUCCCUGAUCGACAUUGGUUUGGCAUAGUUGACCAUCCUCAACUUGUGGCAGACACAUUCAACAGAUCUGUAGCCAUAUAUUGGAAAACACCAAGGGUAACAGGCGACUGCCUUUUCGUCCCCCUUCUUACUAUCCCAGACAAAAUCGAGCCCAUGAUAAUCAUCUUGGCCGACAACCACUUUCUUCUUGCAAAACGCAAAAACACUAGAAGUUACCCCUGGCCGCCAAUCAACCCUUUUCAUAAGAGCAUAGUCCAAAGGCAUAAACUGGAAGAUUUCUCUGUAAUUCAAAAUUCUUAUUAUUAUUUUGAGAAAUUUAACAAAUAUCAAAGUCUGGUCCCUGCUUAUUUAUUGUAUUUGGCAGCAUAUGGAACAAACUUAUCCCAAGUAUAA